CCAGUUCAAGCUUUCAAAUAUGAAAGCUCUAUCUGCACAUGUGUUGCAUAUAACCUAAUAAGUAAAUAAGUAAAAAAAAGUAUUACAUUAUUACGGUGAACAUUUUAUGUUUUAAAGAAUUUUAUAUAUUGGACAUUUUAAUAUAAAAAUUUUACUAAUUUGGAAAUAGACAUUAAAAAUGCGGAAUACUAGCAAUAGAACUAAGAAAAAGAAACUUUCAUGGAUAUGUAGGAAGAAGAUAAAAUCACAGAAAUCAAAGAAACCAACACAAAAGAUAGAUAACAAUACAGAUGAAAAUAAGAAACCUAGGAUUAUUGUUCGCAAUUUACCAUUUAAGACAACUCCAGAAGAUGUGAAAAAAUUGUAUGAACCAUUCGGAGAAAUAUUAGAAAUAAAUUUUCCAAAACGGUCAGAUGGCUCCCCAGUAGGAUGUUGUUUUAUUCAAUUUAAACAGCUAAAAGAUGCUUCAAAAGCAAUAUUUAGUACAAAUAAAAAGGAAUUUCUUGGUAGAAUAAUAAAUAGUAGUUGGGCUGUUUCAAGAUCAAAAUACUGUGAAAAGUUGAAAAAAGAAUCAGAAGAAGCAGAAAAUUUGGAUAAUGAACAUGGCACAAGUGAGGCUACAGAGAGAAAUCAAGAUAAAAAACAUGAAAAUAAACAAAUGAAACAGGAUGAAGCUGAAGAAGAAGAUCCAUCUAAACAGGAAACAUUAUUACAAAUAAAAAGGGAAAGGAGAAGAUUGCUCAAGGACAAAAAUAAAAAAAAGAGAGCAAGAAUUGUAAUAAGAAAUUUAUCAUUCCAGGCAACUGAAGAAGACUUGAAAAAACAUUUUUCUCCAUAUGGGGCAGUAGAAGAAAUCAAAAUUCUGAAGAGAAGUGAUGGCAAAAAUAUAGGAUGUGCAUUUUUACAAUUUGAACAUGUACAAAGUGCAGCUAAAGCUAUACAUUAUACAAACUUACAACCACUUCUAAAUAGACCCAUUAUAGUUGAUUGGGCAGUAUCUAAAAAUAAAUUUGAACAAAAUAAUUCUGAAAAUAAACAGGAAGAUGAAGUUAGAGUAAAGGUGGAAGAAGAAAGUGACAUAGAAGAUACAGAUAAUACAAAAAAAUUAAGUUUAAACGGAGAGCUAGGGGGUGAGGAUGAAAAAUUCGAUAUUGUCACAGAAAAUGUUGAAUUCGAUAAUGAUUGUUUAGAUGAAGUAGAAAUAGAAAAUGAAAAUGAAGUAUCUGAAAACAAUGAAGAAGAUGAACACGAAGAACAAGGAAAGAUAGAUGUAAAAGAAACAAAACCAAGUUUCAAAUCUCAUGAUGUUUCUGAAGGAAAAACUAUAUUUCUAAAAAACGUACCAUUUUCAGUAAAAAAUGAUGAGUUGAAGAAAUACAUGGAACGAUAUGGACCUGUUUAUUAUGCUCUCAUAUGUAUAGAUCCAUUAACUGAAUUUUCAAGAGGUACAGCAUUUGUUAAAUUUAAGAAUGUUGAAGAUGCUGAAAAGUGUUUAGCAGCAGGGAAUGAAUUGCAAAUGGAAGAUCAAAUACUUGAAGCACACAGAGCAUUGGAUAGAAAUGAAAUUGAAGAUAAGGCAAAUUCAAAACAAUACAAACAAAAGGAUUCUAGGAAUUUAUAUCUUGUAAAGGAAGGAGUUGUAUUAGCUGGAAGUUCAGCUGCAGUUGGAGUUUCAGCGACAGAUAUGUCAAAACGGUUGCAAAUAGAACGAUGGAAAUCACAGAUAUUGCGAAAUUUAAAUAUGUUCGUGUCCAGAGUACGACUUGUUGUUCAUAAUUUACCAGCUACGUUAAAUGACGAUAAAUUCAGAAAAAUCCUUGAACGUCAUAGUCCUCCUACAGCGGUUAUAAGAGAGGCACGUAUUAUGCGAGAUCCAAAAAAUGUGGAUCUAAAGGGAGUGUGGAAAUCGAAAGAAUAUGGAUUCGUUUCGUUUACGAAACACCAAGAUGCACUUGAGACUUUGAGAAGUGUGAAUAAUAAUCCAAAUAUAUUCACUCCUAAAAGGAGACCAAUUGUAUCCUUCUCAAUAGAAAACCGAGUAAUGGUGAAUGCCAAACAAAAGAGACUUCAAAAAAGUCGCGAAAAUAAUCCUCUUUGGUCAGGAAACAAAGUUAAAGCAAAAAGAGAAGAUACAAACCAAGAAAUUGCAGUGAAACGACUAGAAACUGAAAAUAAGGACAAGUUUAAUAUAAAACCGUACACCGGAAUGGUUGGAAAACCUGGUGAAAAUAAAUUACGGUCAAAAUACAAUUUAAAAAUUCAAGCAAUGGUGCAUAGUCAAGCAGUAAAAAAAGAGAAAAAGAUCAAGAAGUCUUCUAAAAAAUUAGAAAUGAAAAGGAAGCAAAGAAUUGCCGAUAGAAAUGAAGUUAAACCAAAACAAAGAACGAAAGUAAACCACGAUGAUGUGAAUUUGGAGAAACUUGUAAAUAAAUACAAAGACAAAUUAAAAUCGAUAGAAUUGAAAAAAUCUAAAUGGUACGAAUCGUAGAAUUUAAUUGUAGGAAUUUUACGAUAAGAAAUUAUACUGAAAAGCUAAUUUCUGUAUACACGUUAUAAAGAAAAAUAAAACGGCAAAACGUU